ACUCUACCUCACUCCACCUCUCUCUCUCUCUCUCUCUUUUCUUUUCGCUCACUGAGUCGCAGUAAAUCCUAUUGUGAUGCUAAACUGAUUUUCGGAAGAGAGAUAGAGACAGAGAAGGGGAGAGAGAGAGGAGGUUUGGGUUUCUGUGUGAGCAGAUCUCAUCUGACCCCGUUGAUCUUGAAGUUUUUAACAUUUUCUCCUCUCUCUAUAACUUGUUAACCUCCUUUUUGAAGUGAAGUUUCGGGUGUUUUUUUGGAUCAGCCGCUCUCUGCGCUUCAGGAAUGCACUUUGCAGUAAACGCAGCUCGGUGCUCGGACACUUUACUUUUUUUCCACUUUUUUUCUUAACGAGGAUUAAUCAAUGAAUGGAGGAUAUGCGCUCGUGAAGAGGACAUCGUUCACGUCAGUCCGGUAACCCGCUCCUCAGUCCGCCGGGCCGCAGCCGGGCUGAGAGAGCAGAGCAGCCCGGAGACAGCGCUCCCUAGUCCCGGGCAUGGAGGGCAGCAGCGGCGUCCGGGCGGGGCUCCAGCAGCAGCAGCGGCAGCAGCAGGCGGCGGGUGGAGGAGGAGGUGGAGGCUGGGUGCUGGUGGAGGCCCGGCUGCAGGGAGGAGCACCGUGGGGCUUCACCCUGCAGGGCGGCCUGGAGCACGGAGAGCCGCUCAUCAUCUCCAAGGUGGAGGAGGGCGGUAAGGCGGACUGUUUGGAGCGCCCCCUGCUGGUGGGCGAUGAGAUCAUCGUCAUUAAUGAGGUGGAGCUGACUGGAUACAGACAGGAGGCCAUCGCUCUGGUUAAAGGGUCGUACAAGACGCUGCAGCUCACCGUCCGCAGGGAGUUUGAUCCGGGAUACAUCGAGGAGUUUGACACUCCAUGUUCCUCCCCACCGGCUCUUCCUCCUCCUUCUCCACCUCCUCUGUCUUCCCUCCAGCGCCCAUCAACUCCACAACAACAUCAAACACCAUCGCCAUCUCACCGCAGCAGAACAUGCUCAGCAGGAGGAGUCCAACUCCGCAUCAAGAACAGACGCAGUGAGUCGGCAUCUCGUCCUCACUCGUGGCAUUCGACGAAGCUCGGUGAUGGACAGCAGGAAUUAAACCAGGGAGGGAUGGACACAAUGAGCAACGCCUGGCACCACGGCUACCACGCCAGUGCUUCAACCACUGACCUGUCUGGCGGGUUUGAUUCUGGUGGUGGCUACCUGAGGAAAAGUCCGGACCAGUACAGCUCCAGGGGCAGCAUGGAGAGCCUGGACCCCCCUCAGUCCUCCCAGCUUCACCCCGGAGCUCAGCACCACCACCACCAUCACAGCCACAGCGGACCCCACCCUGCCUACUCCUCCUGCCACCAGCUGUCUUCUGCCAGGUCCUCCAACAGCAUCGACCACCUCACCAACAAACGGGACUCCGCCUACUCCUCAUUCUCCACCAGCUCUAGUAUCCCAGACUACCUUGCCUCCACCCCCUCCUACAGCCCAGAGCGUUCCUAUUCGCUGGAGACAGUCUCUCAGAGAGGAGGAGGGAGUGCAGAGUUGCAACAGGCGGACAUGCGUUACGUCCGAUCAGUUUACGAUGCCCAGCAGGGAUUAUCUCAAGAGCAGGAGUUAGGCUCCACCUCUGCCGCCUUACAACGCAAUAAUGAUUCCAGAGGCGGGGGAGGAUCGAGGACAGCACUAAACCGAGAUGUGCAAGGUUCAGUAGCAGGGGUCUGCUACCGUGGAAGCAUCAGCGGCAGCAGCAGCAGUGGAAGCAGCUGCGGUAGUGUACCGGCCUCAAACAGACACAGUGUAGGUCCAAUAUGGGGCCAAGCAGGCAGCCGCAGCUCCUAUGAGAGCCUGAAGGGGGCACCAGCUCCACCAAGGCGCAGCGACAGCUACGCAGCCAUCAGAAAUCACGAGAGACCAAGCUCCUGGUCCAGUCUGGAUAAUGCCAGGUCACUAAGGUCUCUGCAGAAAGGUUCCUGGCAUCACUCCAGUGGUCCUGUGGCCUUAGGUGCAGCAAAAGGCUUGUACAGCACUGAGGGUCAACUCCACACAGUGAUAGAGAAGAGUCCAGAGAGCAGCCCAACCACUAAACCCCGGCAGGGUGGAGGAUUCCCCCAGUCACCUUCCCCUACGGGAUCUGCUCCCCAAUUGGGCAGGCUAAUUCUGCCCACUGGUAUGUACGCUGUCCCCCAGCCCGAGCCCCACUUUGCACAGCUGCCCAGCACAGGCCCUGGGCCAGGCUCCUCUGGAGUCUAUCCCGCUCUGGCCAUGGAGAGCAGCCGACAACAACACCAAGGGCCGGAGGGUGUUGGAAGGAGACAGGACGCAGCAAUAGAAGAGCAGAGAGAUGGAAGGAUGUCAGAAAAUGGUUACCAAAAUAGCACAUCAUCAUCGACAUACUCAAACUCCUCAUCUUCAAUAAUUGCCUCGACACAGCUCAGAACUCAUGCACAAGAAGACAAUAGGCCUGAAAAGGAAGAGUCUUACUUUGAAUACAAUAAAUCCAACCUGAAAACUUCUGGAGGAGGGUCGAAUGGCCAAACAGGGACCAAAAGACCCGAAAACCACCAGGAACCUCCCAGUCAGAGCUUCCAAGAGUUCUACAUCCAUACAAGCCAGGCAGCCCCCAGCCAGAUGUUACAGCAACCCAACCAGGACUUCCAUAUCCCCAACAUCCAGUCCACCCAACAAGAAUUCAGACCUUCAUCCUCACAAGACUGGAGGGAACCUUCGACAUCUGUUCAGUCCAGGGGAGACAGGAACAGAUCAAUGGACCAGACCAGCACUCAUUCAGAGCCAUUGGCAUCACCCAAACUUGCCCAGGGACAGGUGCCACCUACUCACUUUCCUGUUCAACCUCAGCCCCAGGCUCCUUCGAGCCCUGCUUCCCAGCCUGCUCCCCGUCACCUCAGUGACUCAGCAGCUCUGCAGUACCAUCACUGGGAGCAGGAGAGAGACAGAGAACAUCUGCUGACCCGUCUGGAGAAUGCCCUUGCUGAAGUCCAACGAUCCCCCAGCCCCGACAGUGUUUUCUCUGCCAGUAGCCAUGGCAACAGUAACUUUGCUGAUGAAAACCAAGGACCUGCUCGCAGUCUUUCUGUGCUGGAGAAAGUCAGUCGCUUUGAGUGUCGGGAACGUGCCGGAAAGCAGCGCAGUCAAAGCACCGCCACCGCAUACAGAUCCAGUCCACUGAGGGGUCGCAGCACCGCCUGUGGAGCAGAUGAUCUCAGAAACAUGCUCGAGAGAAGCACCAGUGCUAGCAAAGCUCACAGAACAAUGAGCUACAGAGGAGUCAGCAACGAGCUGAAACACAGGUCUCCAGCAGAUCCCAACUCAGCCCUCCAGAGGAGCCGCAGCACCUUUCACCUUAAUGAAACCAGAGAGGAAGACAGCAGCAGAGACUUCCCCUGGAAACAAGAAGUUAAUAAGAUGCCGGGGUCAAUGCAGGACACUUCACCCAACAGAUCUUACAGGGACUCCUUAAAAGAUGCCCAGUUUAAGGUCCUGGGGUCCACCUCUUUCAGACGGAGAGACCUAAGCUCCUCUAGCAGCCCUCAACCUCCUGCAGUUUCCCCUCCUGGUUCCACCUCCACUAGUCAUCAACCUUCGCAUGUCCCUGCCAAGUACCUCUCUCCUGAGAAAAAAGGCCCCAAAACCAUGCCAAAACCACAGAGCGUGAUCAUCCCAUCCCAGUCACCACCACCUGUCACAUCCCCUCACACCCCCAAGAAGAGACAUGUGGUCAGUCCUGAGGUCCGUGGUGCAAGCCCCCCAGCCCUCCCAAGUGUCCCACCUGUUGGACCCCCUGCUGUGCAGCGGAUCUGUGGCCGGAGGCGCCUAGCAGCAGACCAGAAGAAGCGAUCGUACUCAGAGCCAGAGAACAUGAACGAGGUCGGGGUUUCAGACACGGAGACUGUUGCGCUCUUCAGACGUGGAGGAGAGACCAGCGUGGCAGAUCGGCGGAAGAUGUUUGAGCAAAAUGCUUCAGUAAGAACCGACUUACGUCAACUUCAACAUGACGCUCUGGCUGAGUACGUACAGAGAAAGAGAGGUGUAAAAAGAGAGGAAGGUGGACAGAGGAGCGGACUGAGGCCUCAGAGUGCUUUUCUACAGCCUGAAAACUCUAACCACGCAGCCUCCUCCUGUUACUCAGACACCCUCAGCCUCUCCUCCGCCUCCAGCAUGCUCUCCCUCCAGGAAUCCAUCUUCUCCUCUGAGGGGAGGAGUCUCUGCUCCAGCCUCCCUCCAGGAGCAGACCUGCGGAGUUUCCAGUCCAACUUUUUCUACCCAGGCACGGUGACCUCCCCGAGGCCUCCAGCACACCCACAACCAGGUGGCUCCCCUCAUCAGCUGCAGGCCCAGAGCCUCCAGGAUCUGACCCCAGAAGCAGGGCUCAGCAGACAGAAUCAGUCCUCCCUCAGAGACCUCAGCCAGGUCCACCAGCAGCAGACUGCAGGACCCCACCUCAGCCUGGGACUGUCCAGUCAGUUGAACGGCGCUCUGCAGAGAGCCGGGUCAGCUCGGGGAUCAGCAAAGUCUGCUUCUGCAGAGGAUCUCCUAGAGAGAACUGAGGAGAAACUGAUGUCUCCUCAGCACCACAGAUCCCGCUCAUCCCCCAUGGUGGAGAGUCUGAACCAGGACCUUCCUCCAGGUGACAUCAGGAUGCUCGGUGUCUUCAUCUCUGAAGACAUACGCAGCUCUCUGGCUGCAGACAGACCUGCAGACAUUAACACAUCAGAGAGCCCUGUCUCUUCUCAACAGUCACACAACAGUCUGAUCACCGUCCAGCCUGCAGGGCCUUCAGAAGACAUUGGCUCCUCCCACACUCCCGUCACUCGGCGAGAGCGACAGAGAAACAGCGAGCGACAACGGGCCAACAGUACCUCGACCCUGGCGGCGUCUGUCGGCUUGCCCUGUCCCUUCUCUCCACCUGGCCUUGAGGAUGAAGGCAGCACUGAGUGGUGUGCUAACGAGAGGCUGAGCCAGGCCAAUCUAGACGCCAUCACCUUCCCCGGCCUCCCACAAACAAGCACAGGUGACGCUGUAAACACUGCCGCCUACAGUGAAACCCGGGUGACGGACAGACAGACGAGACACAGUUUGGGUGACGCCAGCACUUUAGAAGACGCUGAAAAGGACGUUUACAGAGAAAGAGCGUUCAGUUUGGAGGCCAUAGGGGGGCAAUCUGCGGAAAAUGAACAAGUUUCAUCUCUGCCGCUCCCACCAGACAUGAGGGAGAGCACGCCGUCUCCUCCCCCUUUCUACCCACAGCGUCUAUCCUCACUCCGGAUCUCUGAGUCAAACCUUAUCAGCCCCACCGACUAUCACCCCCCACUUAAGACAGGCCUGUCUCAGGAGGAGUAUGAUGAAGUUUUCCUCCAAAAUCCGGCUCAUCCGUUACCUCAUCUGCCGGUCAGAGAGACGAACAUUCUGGAGGACUUCCCUCCUCCACCUCCUCCUGUUGAGAUGGAGCAAGAAGCUGGACACCAGACUCUGGAAAGACCUACCCUGGAGGUUUUAAACAACAGAAACUCAAACCUCCACUCCCCUCCAUCGUCCCCUUCCUCCUCUGUCUUUCCUCCACCUGUGCUCAGCCACUUUCCUACUCCAAAGCCCACCACCAUCAACUCCAUCAACACGUACACUCCAACCGAGGACAGCUUCGGUCUCGACUAUCAGCCCCUACCCAAGAGGGAAAAGACAUCAGAGGAGCUGCGAGUGGAGGAGCUGGCCCGUCGGCUGGUGUUGCAGGAUAACUCUCUGGCGCCCCUCCUGGACACAUGGGGAGGUAAAUCCACUGUAGAGCUCAUGGAGGACAUCUUUCCAAACAGCCGAGUGGUUGGCAAAUCUCCAUGGCAACGCAGAGGCAGUAGCCGACUGGAUGACAGAAUCCAAGAUGUCGUCUGUGAUUCCGCUGAGAGUGCAGCGGCAGACAGAGAGAAGGAGACCGAUCUGGAUGAGGAAGAGAAAGACCUCAACACCAGGAAGGUGGAGCUGUGUGAGGCUCUGAGGAGCAGCAUAGUGGCUCUGCGUCGGGAGAAGGAGGUGCUGAGUGAGGAGCAGAGACGUCACCAGGCACUGGGAGCGAGCAUCGAGUCGCUGGUGCAGGAAUGCCUCAAACCCAACGAGAGGGACAAGUACAGCAUGUUCAUCGGCGAUCUGGAGAAGAUCGUGAACCUGCUGCUGUCUCUGUGCAGCCGGCUGUCGCGAAUCGACCGAUCUCUGCUCGCUCUGGAGAGAGAGGAGCUGACGCAGGAGGGAGCAGCCGAGGAGAGGGACUCCCUCCAUCACAAGCGCUCCCUCCUCCUCAGUCAGACUGAAGACGCCCGGGAGCUGAAGGAGAACCUGGACCGACGGCAGCGUGUCGUCCACUCCACCCUGUCCGGCUACCACACCGAGCCGCAGCUGCAGGACUACCGCCUUUUUGUCAGCACCAAACCCUCCCUCUUGAUGCGCCAGCGGCAGCUCGAUGACCUCAUACGGCAGGAGGAGGAGCAGCUGACUCGGUUGGUCGAGAGCCUGCCGCAGGAAGUGGCGGAGGCUCACGGCUGGUCGAGAGGGUUUCCGUUCCUGUCGUCCAGCCCCGCUCACUGCUCUUCUCCUAUUCCUACACUCCUCCCACCCUCUGUGACUCCUGCCGCCGCUCUCUCCGUCAGGUCCACCACUGUGACAUCACUGUGAUGUCACCAGACAAGCUGCGGAGGACGAUGAAUAAAGAAAAGACAAAUGGCUCCUAAAAAAGGGUUUCACAUGAAGGACAGCAGGCCUGAAGCCAGCUCUGAUCACACUGAGAGAACUAUGCAGACUUCACACAUGAAGAAGAAGAAACACCUUUAAUGUGCCUCUUUUUAUUUACACCUGACUUUAAGUUACACGUCUGUUCGCCUCAACAUCAGCAACCACCGCCGUGUGGACUACACGCGUGGACUACACCGACUGCUGCCAACGUCCCUGCCAACCCUCGUUUGCCGUUCUCCAACAUGAUUUUUAUGGGUCAUCAGGUGUAUUUUUAGUUCAGAUACUCUUUGUCAAAGGUCAUUUGUGUUGGGACUGCAGGUGUUGUUCUUCGUAUUUCAGAUCUUAAUACUACUGUCGCUGUUGUGAUAACUGAUGUGUUUGGUUUCAAUAUCUACACAUAUAAUAUCUAUAAACAUCAAACAUGAAAGCAGGAGUUAACACUGUUAAUGUAACAGCUUUAAUUCAUGAAGUAAUGGUCAUCUUUCAAAGUCCUGAUCGAGAUUAUAAAGAGUAAUCCAUCUUCUAUCAAACCUCGGCCCUGAUUGUUUUGGUUUUUUACAUAAUAUCGGGUCAAAGUGACCUUUAGGGACUAAAAGUUUUGUCGUUGCUCCUCUAGGUUUGUUUCAGCCUGCAGCACUGAAACAGGCAGGAAUAUGUGCAACAAAAUCUUUCAGGGCAAAAAUUACUGCUCAAAGUACGUCCACUACAAGUUGUUGUUUUUUGUCACUGAUGGAGUCAGGUUUUUAGUCCAAUUCUCCAACAACAUCACAGUAAGGACCCCUAAAACGAUUUUUUUGUUAAAGCUCCUGUGAGGAACUUUUGGGAUCAUGGUGAUCUUUGUGAACCCUUCAUAGAGAUCUUUAAACUACUUUCAUGGUGCUUUCAGGAGCCUCAAACAUUCAAACGCUCCCCCAGGGACGCCUCGUUUUACAACGACAAUAUGAAGUAAGCAGGGACUUUAAGAAGACCUGCUCAGCUUUCGCACAUGUACAGUACGUUUUUAACAAACACCAAAAUUCAGAGGGACACUGUUUGCGUCAAACUGAGGGCACAGAUCCUGAAGGGUUUGCUGCUUUGUAAUAUUCACUGUAACACUACUACUACUCUCACUACUGUCUGUACGCCUGGAGCACUUUUUUAAACUACUGUCUGCAGCUGGAUCAACACUGAAUCAUAACCACAUUAGUCACUGUGCCUCUCUAAAAGUCAAUGAAACAUUAAAUGUAAGAAAAAAUAAUUAAAGAUUGAGAUUCCAAAGAUUUUCCCCAGAGGAGGUAUAAAAAAAAACAUCUCCUUUAUUUAUAUUCCCUGUUGACGUUUUGUUUUGUCCAAUUCUCGACUUUCUCCCUCUCCCCUGCACGGUUUGUGUCUGAGUUUUUCUAAAGGCAGAGCAGCAACUUUAACCUAAACUUCUAAAUAUUUAUCAGACGCUUUUAUUUUGAAAUUAAUCUAAUUUAAAAUCCAUAAAAUGUUGAAUGUAACAACAAAUACCACAACUUCCUGAAUCAAACGGAUACAAAAUAAAUAUGUUAUGUCCUGUUAAUCCCCAAAUUCACAAGAGGAAGAAGUGGUUUCAUUAUCCUUUAUUCCCCAGGGGUUACCUUUAAGUUUUUUAUGGACACAUUGCUUUCAUACACACCUGUUUUAUGAAAUCGAUGUGCAAAGGUUUUUUUCUAUUACGACUUUAAUCCGUAAAUCUGUGGUUUAUUUUUUUGUACGUACCUCGUCUUACAGUUCAGGUUUUUAGCUAUAGUUUAAACUCUCAGUGCCAAUCAAAAGUGCUGACAUCACUGUGACAUCAUCGUGGUUAUUUCCUCAAAGUGAAGAAGUCUCUUAGUCGUGUUCAAUUUAGCUGAUUCUCCUGUUUUAAGAAGCCCUCAUGGAUCUUUUUUAGUAUUUUUUACUAGGGUCACAAAAAAGGAAAACUUCACAAAAAAAUGUUGGUGGUGCCAACAUGAAGUAUUUAUUUAUGUUGAAAUGAUAAACGUCACAGAUGGAAAUCGAGGUGUAAGAAUCAGGAUUAUAACUUCAUAAAUGUUGCAUCACCAUCUAAGGUCAUUAUCACUCAUCAUAAUUGAAGUAUAAGGGGUCAGAAAACACAAUCAUCACUUUCAUAUUUCUGUUUUAUAAAAUAUUUAACUUUAAUCCCUUCAUCAUGUAGUCGUGCCAUUUAGCAUCCCUUCUGUCUCGUUGAUCGGGGGACUCCAAACGGCACAAACAGCAACAUCAAUAUUUCCUCUUUAAUGAUCCAGUCUGUUGGCUUCAGAGAAGAGGCUUUCACAUGAAGUGCUGAUCAGCAGAUGUUUUUACCUCUUUUUACACUUUCUCAUUCUUCCACUACCAUUUUAUUUUUAGGAGCACCUUUUUCAAAUAUUCUCAUAUUCUGUGAACAUUAAAGGACAAACAAAGUUUUCAUCAAUUAUCCAGAUUUUACUGUUGAUUAUUGUUGGAGUGUUUUUAUUAACGUUGUUUUCAGAGGCACAGCACAAUAUCUGAAAUCUGUUUUUUCCGGUUUUGUUAUUGAACGAUGUUGGAUGUUCACUUUAUGAAAGAAGGACGAUUAAAGAACAGCUCCUGGUUUUUGCAAAAUAAACGAAUAUUUUGUAAAGGA